AUGACCCUUGAGGAACACCAGACCCCACAUCUGUCCAAGCUGAGUAAGUUCCAUUGACUACUACUCUCUGUUUCCUUUCUGUGAGGUAAGACUGGAAACACUUUAGUAACGGAUCCCCGAUACCAAAAACUUUCAGUUUUGACACCAGUUUUGCAGGACAUACAGAGUCAAACGCCUUAGCAAAGUCCAGAUAUAUGAUGUCAGACUCGAAUCCACGAUCAAGGGCACAGCCAAUCUCAUGAAAUACUUCCGAAAGUUGAGUAACACAUGACUUCCCUUUCCCUAUGUCAAGAACUCGAUAAAAGGAGGAACCAGAGACAAGCACAAGGAGAAAAAGAAUACAGAAGAAUAAAAAAAGAAUACAUGUCUUGAUGUACCCGCAAUGUGGAUAACAGAGAUCAGAGAAUUGGAAACUAGGAAAGGUUCAUCAUUCCAGAAGAUAACAAGGCUAGCCUAGCUCAUUUCCUCUCGACUGAAAUCUCGGAGAGUUACAGAGCGCCUCCUGGGCGAGAGCGGGUGAUCAAUGGAGGCUUCAAGGAUACACUGAAGGUGUGGUCAUCUGACAAAUCAAGACAAGAUAUAAGAGAGCUCACAUCAGAUCAUGAGGAGGCAGAUACUAGAAUAGUACUACACGCCCGAGACGCAGCAGCAAGAGGGUACAAGCAAGUCAACAUUUUGUGUCGUGAUACGGACGUUCUUGUCCUCCUUUUGGCACACCGAGAGCAGCUUUGCCAAGAGAUAUGGAUGUUUGCGGGUACAUCAAGACAAAGGCAUUACAUACCAGUUCACAGAAUCCCGCUCUCCGAGGAGCAGAGGAAGUCGCUUCUGGCAUUUCAUGCCAUUACUGGCUGUGAUACGACAAGCCAGUUCUAUGGUGUGGGCAAGGCAUCGGCAUGGAAAGUCUUCGAAGAUGCACCUGACCUCUUGGAACACCUUGGAGAAGAACGCCAAAUCAGUGCUGACGUUCUUGCCAAAGCUGAAGCCUUUGUGUGCAAACUCUACAAUCGGGGAACACAAAAGGUGGAAAUCAACAAAUAA